AUGGGUCAGGUAAACUCUGAUGCAUCUAAGAAGGAAGACAAUGGAGAUUUGGUUUCCAGCUUCACCGACUAUUUUAAGAAGAUCAAGGCAGAAAGCAAAAUCAUUUCUCCAGAAACUAUCCGUUCAAUUGAGCUACAUCUGAAAAAUGGAAACAUUCAGGGGGCAAACUCUAUAAUCAGAGAUGUAUUAAAAAACAUUGAUAAUGUCCCCAUAAACAUUGCUGUGACCGGAGAGUCUGGAGCAGGGAAGUCCAGCUUCAUCAAUGCCCUGAGGGAGGUGGCACAUGAUGAGGCAGAUGCAGCUGAAGUUGGGGUGGUAGAGACAACUAUGAAGAUAACUUCAUACAAACACCCAAAAAUUAAAAAUUUGAAUAUAUGGGAUCUUCCUGGUGUUGGAACUCUGAAAUUUCCACCCAAAGAUUAUCUGAAGAAAGUAGAAUUCCAAAAGUAUGACUUCUUCAUUAUUGCUUCUGCCACACGUUUUACAAAACAUGAAAUAGAUCUUGCCAAAGUAAUCACAUUAAUGAAAAAGAAUUACUACUUUGUGAGAACCAAGGUGGACUUUGAUAUAGAUAAUGAAAAGAAAUGCAAACCACGUACUUUUGACCGAGAAAAAAUCCUGCAGCGAAUCCGAAACUCCUAUCUGGGUACCUUUCGUGAGAAUAAAAUUGAUGAACCACAGAUUUUCUUAAUCUCUAACCACAAUUUAUCUGACUAUGAUUUUCCAAGCCUGGUGGACAUCCUCAUAAAGGAUCUUCCUGCUCAAAAGCGCCACAAUUUUAUGCUUUCUUUGCCCAAUAUUACAGAGGCAGCCAUUCAAAUGAAGUACAAGACUUCAAAGCAGCUUCUCUGGUUGGAAGCCCUCAAGGAAGGUGUUUUGGCUGCUUUUCCUGUACUGAAGAGCAUCAACAACAGUGAGCUAGAGAAGCUAGAGGUGAAUUUAAACCACUACCAAACCCUUUUUGGAGUGGAUAACAAAUCCCUGGAAUUAAUUGCUAAGGAUUGCCAAGUGCCUGUCGAAAAACUAAAAGAAAAACUUAAAUCUCAUUCUUUGUUGACAAAUAAGGAAAAUGAAACAUUAGGAGAAUAUCUUUUCAAUUGUUUGGAAAGUUUUCUCUCAGGUAGUGGUGGGCUCCUUGCUACAGGUCUUUACUUUAGGAAAAUCUUUUACUUUCAAUUUCUUUUCCUUGACGCAGUGACUGAAGAUGCCAAAGUUCUCCUUAGAGAGGCAUAUUCAAAAGAAUAUCUCAAAUUCAACUCACCUACAGCUACUGAUCAUGACAAUAUCAAAUGA